CAGAGCGACUUGUGUCUGCUGUAUCAAGGGGUUAGUAGUUUUGAACGUCAUCCGCUCACCCGGGGAAGAGGAGGGUUAGGAAACGGGCACUCAACUAGUAACAGAUUAUCGGUCUGUCCGUUGUUGCAUUUUAUUCCGUUCAUGUAUGAGCGUGUGAUCGUGUGCUUGAGUUGUAUGCAAGAACAAAAGAGCAGCAAAGAAAAUCAGCCACAUCCUCUCGGCAUAAGGAAGAAGAGGUCCAUUAAAGAGCACUGCCGCACAGAUGGAGCCCUUAUGUGGGUCCAAACUUCCAUUCUGGGAGCCCAAUCUCACCCUGUACACAGACCUGCCUGACCUCCCAGAAUGCUUUCAGCUGUCAAUAUUGCCAUGGGUUCCCUGUAUCUACCUGUGGGUGACUUCCCCUUUCUAUAUCCUCUACCUCAAGAAGAACAGCAGAGGCUACAUCAUGAUGUCUGUAUUAAACAGAAUCAAAACGGUUCUGGGCUUGAUAUUGUGGAUAGUUUGCUGGACAGAUCUUUUUUCUGCGUUUCAUGAGAUGAACCAGGGUCACCCUAAACCCCCAGUAUAUUUUGUAACUCCUUUAAUAGUUGGCAUGACAAUGUUGUUAGCCACCUUCCUGAUCCAGUUUGAGAGGCUGAGAGGAGUGCAGUCAUCUGGUGUGCUCUUCAUAUUUUGGACAAUCUCAGUGCUGUGUGCCAUUGUGCCAUUUCGCUCCAAAAUCAUGCACGCCAAUCAAGAGAAUGGGGUCAAAGACAAGCUGAGGUUUACAACGUUCUACAUUUAUUUCGGACUCACCCUGCUCGAACUCAUCCUGUCAAGCUUCAAUGAAAAGCCACCUCUUUUCUCCAGUGUGAUUACAGAUCCUAAUGCAUGUCCAGAAGCAACUGCUGGAUUCCUCUCAAAAAUGACCUUUUGGUGGUUUACAAGCUUGGCUAUCAAAGGCUACAAAUCCCCACUAGAGAAUAAAGACCUGUGGUCCCUUAACAAGCAUGACAGUUCAGAGAUGGUGGUCCCCAGUCUGCUCAAUGAAUGGGAUGUGGAAAAAUCCAAAGCACAGAGCGAACAGAGCAUGAAGGUGCAGGCUACGUAUACAAAAGCAGGCGCAGGUGCUGAGACCAACCAUGUGGGCGGCAGUCCUGAGGAGGUGGAAGUUCUCCUGUCCAAACGAAAAGAGUCCCAGAAGCCCUCCUUUCUGUGGGCCCUGCUUAGAGCCUUUGGACCCUACUUCCUCAUCGGCUCCGCUUUCAAACUGCUGCAGGAUCUCAUUACCUUUGUUAAUCCUCAGCUGCUUAGGAUGUUGAUUGGCUUCACCAAACAGCCGGACGUUCCAUCGUGGUGGGGUUACGCACUGGCCUUCCUGAUGUUUGGCAGUUCCCUCCUGCAGACCCUCAUUUUGCAUCAGCACUUUCAGUACUGCUUUGUCACAGGCAUGAGACUGCGCACUGGAAUUGUAGGGGCCAUCUACAGGAAGUCACUAGUGAUCACAAAUGAGGCCAAACGCUCCUCUACGGUGGGAGAAGUGGUCAAUCUGAUGUCUGUGGAUGCUCAGUGCUUUAUGGAUCUCACCACCUUCCUGAACAUGCUGUGGUCUGCUCCACUACAGAUCAUUCUAGCUCUCUUCUUCCUCUGGCAGAAUCUGGGUCCAUCAGUGCUGGCUGGUGUAGCUGUGAUGGUUCUGCUGAUUCCAUUCAAUGCUUUUAUUGCCAUGAAGACCAGAACUUACCAGGAGGAGCAAAUGAAACAUAAAGAUGACCGUAUCAAGCUGAUGAAUGAGAUUCUCAAUGGCAUAAAAGUGUUGAAGCUCUAUGCCUGGGAGAUCUCUUUCAAAGAGAAGAUCCUUCAGAUCCGCCAGAAAGAACUCAACGUGCUGCGCAAGACUGCUUACCUCAGCGCGCUCUCCACCAUGGCCUGGACCAGUGCUCCAUUCCUGGUAGCCAUGACAACGUUUGCUGUAUAUGUGAAUGUGGAUAAAGAGAACAUCUUGGAUGCAGAGAAGGCCUUCGUGUCUUUGUCUUUGUUCAACAUCUUAAGAUUCCCCCUGAAUAUGCUCCCACAAGUCAUAAGCAGCAUUGUACAAACCAGCGUGUCUGUGAAGCGCAUCCAGGAUUUCCUGGGUCACGAUGAACUGGAUCCAGAGAGUGUCGACAGAAGAAACAAUGCUUCAGAAUAUGCGGUGACAGUAGUGAAUGGGAAAUUCGCAUGGGCCAAGCAAGACCAAGCCACUCUUGAGAACAUUAAUGUGAUGGUGCCCCAGGGAACUUUGCUGGCAGUGGUGGGUCAUGUGGGCUGUGGGAAGACCUCUCUUGUGUCAGCACUGCUUGGAGAAAUGGAGAAGCUUGAGGGGCAGAUCUCCAUACGGGGCUCUGUGGCUUAUGUACCACAGCAAGCUUGGAUCCAGAAUGCCACUUUAAGAGAUAACAUCCUUUUUGGCAAACCCUACGUGGAGCAUAAGUACCGCUGUGUGCUGGAGGCCUGUGCCCUCACCCCUGACCUGGAAAUGCUUCCUGGUGGUGACCAAACAGAGAUAGGGGAGAAGGGAAUUAAUCUGUCUGGUGGCCAGAGACAAAGAGUGAGUUUAGCCAGAGCAAUUUACAGUGAAACAGACGUCUACCUCCUGGAUGACCCUCUGUCUGCUGUGGAUGCUCACGUUGCCAAACAUAUUUUUGACAAGGUUGUUGGGCCUGAGGGAGUCCUCAAGGGCAAGACACGGAUAUUGGUGACCCACGGUAUCAGCUUCCUGCCUCAGGUGGAUAACAUUCUUGUGCUGGUGGAUGGUAGGGUGUCGGAGAUGGGCUCCUACCAGGACCUGCUCAAACAAAAUGGGGCUUUUGCGGAGUUCCUCAGGAACUACUCUCUUGAGGAUAUCAUCGAAGAAGAUGAAGUCACAGUUGCCCUGGUUGACGACGAAGAAGAGGAUUUUCCUGACGAUGCACUUAGUAACCACACUGAUAUGGUGGAUAAUGAACCUGUUGUCAAUGAGGCCCGCAGAAAAUUCAUGAGACAGAUCAGCAUAAUGUCAAAUGACCUGGAGAAUCCAAAGAGCAAGUCCAUCCGUCACCGCCGCUGCAGCACUAAGAAACUUGCAGAGCCUCUGACAGAGAAGGAUAAAAAGGUGGAGAAGCUCAUCCAAGCAGAAACAGCUGAGACCGGGCAGGUGAAGUUUAAGGUUUACUGGGAGUAUGCAAAAGCGGUGGGGCCCUUUUUGUCCCUUUUCAUCUGCUUCCUGUACGGCUGUCAGAGCGCAGCCGCCAUCGGAGCCAAUUUCUGGCUCAGCGAAUGGACUAAUGAUGCACAGCACAACAGGACACAAGAAAAUGUUCAAAUGAGGGUGGGGGUGUACGCAGCACUGGGCAUUUCGCAAGGCAUCCUGGUUAUGUUCUCUUGCUUUACUCUGGCCUUGGGGAAAAUCCAGGCAGCACGCAAGCUGCAUGAGACCCUGCUGGACAACAAAUUUCACACACCCCAGUCUUUCUUUGAUACCACUCCUAUAGGACGGAUCAUCAAUCGCUUCUCCAAGGAUAUUUAUGUGAUAGAUGAGGUUCUUUCAUCCACAAUCCUCAUGUUCCUGGGCACCUUCUUUGCCUCUUUGUCCACCAUGAUUGUUAUAAUUUGCAGUACACCCAUUUUCGCCGUGGUCAUUGGCCCCCUGGCUUUGAUUUACAUCUUUGUGCAGAGAUUUUAUGUUGCCACGUCUCGUCAGCUUAAGAGACUGGAAUCUGUCAGUAGGUCUCCAAUAUAUUCUCAUUUUUCUGAGACCAUCACAGGCACUAGUGUGAUCCGCGCCUACGGGCGAAACAGUGCCUUUGUACUCAUGAGUGAUAUGAAAGUGGAUGAGAACCAAAAGAGUUACUACCCUGGUAUUGUUUCUAACAGGUGGUUGGGGGUUCGCAUUGAGUUCAUUGGGAAUUGCAUUGUGCUGUUUGCUGCUCUGUUUGCUGUCAUUGGGAAAGAGAAGCUCAACCCUGGAUUGGUUGGGCUGUCGGUGUCAUAUGCUCUGCAGGUCACGAUGUCCCUAAACUGGAUGGUAAGGAUGACCUCUGACCUUGAGAGCAACAUAGUAGCAGUGGAGAGAGUGAAGGAGUACUCAGAGACACCAACUGAGGCUCCAUGGAUAGUGAAGGACAAGCAGCCACCCCCAGACUGGCCUCCAGAGGGAAAUGUAGAGUUUAUGAACUACAGUGUGAGGUAUCGAGAGGGACUCGACAUGGUACUGAGGAACCUCUCGAUAAAGGUCAAAGGAGGAGAGAAGAUUGGUAUCGUGGGAAGGACAGGGGCCGGCAAGUCCUCUAUGACACUGUGCCUGUUCCGUCUGCUAGAGGCGACAGAGGGAGAAAUCAUAAUCGACAAGGUGAAGAUCUCUGAGAUUGGCCUUCAUGACCUCAGAUCCAAACUCACCAUUAUCCCUCAGGAGCCUGUUCUGUUCUCUGGAACUUUACGGAUGAACCUCGAUCCUUUUGAGAAAUACACCGAUGAUGAAGUGUGGAAAGCUCUGGAGCUGUCUCAUUUAAAGAAGUUUGUUUGCAACCAGACUUCCAAACUCAGUCUGGAAUGCUCAGAAGGAGGGGAAAACCUAAGUGUGGGUCAGAGACAGCUGGUGUGUCUGGCACGAGCUUUGCUGAGGAAGACCCGAAUCCUCGUCCUUGAUGAAGCCACAGCCGCUGUUGACCUGGAGACAGAUGAUCUAAUCCAGUCUACAAUCCGCACACAGUUUGAAGACUGCACAGUUUUCACUAUAGCUCACAGACUCAACACCAUCAUGGACUAUACCAGAGUGCUUGUUUUGGACAAGGGACAGGUAGCUGAAUUUGAUACACCGACAAACCUUAUUGCACAGAAAGGAAUAUUUUUUGGAAUGGCAAAGGACGCGGGGUUGGUGUGAACCUGCUAUGCUUUAAAAUAGCCAAGAGUGCCUUCACACAGUAUCACAGAAAGCCAGUGAAUGUAAAUUUUUUCAGGAUCUGUUUUUAUUUUUACAUUGUUUUUUCUAUAAACUACAGUGCCACUGUUCAAUGACUAAGUUUCAUGAUGAAGCAGUCUAUUUUUGUACUGUUAUUUAAGUCACUUUUUUAAAGUUGUUCAAUAGGGAAAAUUACUGCUCAAUGUGUGAUUCAUUUUUGUACACCAAAUCUGUAAAAACUUGAAUUAUGUUACCUGAAUUGGAGUAUCGUUUCAUUUAUUAAAGGUAAUGUUGUUUCUGUU